AUGCAACGAAAUUCUGAAGCUGCAAAGAAAUUGCUGAUCAGUGACACUGGACUAAAAGGUGAAUCACCAUCGGUGCCACGGAUUGGUGCGGUCUCUAGGCUCGUGCGAUCCGGGCCUUGCAUCGAUCUGGACACACACAUCGGAAUCGCCAAAGCAGUGGAGAGAGAAACAGAUACUGUUGCUGCAACUAGCGAUGAUUUGAGUUGGUGGUCGUUGAAAGAGAAAAGAAAAAGAGAGAAAGAGAAGAUCGAGAAUCAGAAAUUUGAAGAAAUAUCAAAAUCUGCUCUCGGAUUACGUAAUGUUAAAUACAAACUAACCAAACUUUUAAAGUUUCAUCACGUGCCAUGUCUUUUCACCACAAAAGGAAACCAAAAUGUUUACUCACUUCUUAUUUUCUGGUGGUCAAACCUGCUUCAAUAA